GAGCUUCUGUCUCCGGUUCUGCUUAGUAUCUGCAAUGUGCCCCGAGAUGUCUGUAAAAAUUCUAGCCUCGUUGGCUGUGAUCGGUUUGGUGGCCUUGUCUCCUGCAGAAGGAAUCAGCAGGCCUCUGCCUCCGUACGUGGGUCUGCCCACAGCAGAUGGACUCACGCAGCUGUUCCUCAAGUCGCGGACUACGCAACGCGAUCCCUUCGCCUCGGUGGCGUGUUUCGGUGGCUAUAUCGGUGAAUCCAACCUGAUCGCGGAAGACUACAGUGGAAAUUACAGCACUUGCUUCAAUACCUCGAGAGUCGCAAGGGAGAGCAUUGAUAACGAUUUCAAGAUCACUCGCAGGACAAUCGAGCUCUCCUCGGAGAGAGUGUGCCAUGAGCUCAGUGUCUGCAAUAAAAAGAACUCCACCCUCGAAUCCUUCAGGUGUCACGCCGAUGUGGGCUCCAACAACACUGUCUCUACGUAUAGCAUCUCAGGAAAUGCCUCCGAGUCGUACAACUUGUAUGAGGAGCGUUACCGCGUGGUGGAACUGCAGCUUGGACAGUGCAACCAAAGGGCGGAGCGAAACUACGUGGAGGCAACUGCCAGGAACUACAACUAUCUGCAGGCCUGUUUAGAUGGUCGGGUUCAGCCUAAACCAAUGCCCAAGCCCACAACCACGACCUCCACGACGACCACCACCACCACCACCACAACCACGGAGGCACCCACCGAGGCACCAACCACCACUGAGACCCCUUUAAACGUAGACGAUCAGUUCAAGCAGCUUUUGAAUUUGUUAAACUAAUUCCCACUAAAAUGUAUAAGUUUCUGCAGAAGCAGCUCACUAAUUAAAGAAAGGGCAGUCCUUAAGCAAACAA